UAUGUUCUGAGCUUCAGUUUGAAAGUAAACAUUGAUAUGCAACACGCAGAUGCUGUCAGGCUUCUAAGAUGAUUCCAGGCUAACCUUAUCUACUUAGCCCAGCCAUUCUGUAUAGUUUCAAGGUAAGUUUGUUUAUCAGACCUGUGAGACAGCAAAACUGAGCAACACUGCCAGCUCCAAAGGAACGUUUGUGUGAGAUCAGUCCUGUUCCUCAGCUACAUAAUUCAGGCAUGGAACAAGGAAGAUGUUGGUCCAUUGUAUAUUGCUCCUGGUAUCAAUCAAAGCCAGUGGAUAUGCCAGCACAUGUAGGAAUCAAUAUGAAUGCCCCAAAGAUAACCAGGAAGUCUAUACAGAUCCCACACUAACUGAGAUACCCAAGUCUCAAAAGAAUCAAAAAGUGACUGAGAUUUUCUUUGUGGAAACCGGGAUCUCUGUAAUCAAGAAGGAUGCCUUUCAAUACAUGCCUAAUCUGGAGAAAUUAUUUUUUCUUGGUAAAAAGAUCAAAUCUAUUGAAAUCGGGGCCUUUAAUAACUUAAACAAUCUUAAGGAACUGGAGAUAUCUGGCCACGAGGAACUGGAGGAUUUGGUGCCGGGAAUCUUCAGGAAUCUCAACAAUCUGAAAAAACUUGUCCUUAAAAACAAUAAAAUAAAAAACGUCGGAAAGGGAAUAUUUGACGAUCUGGAAAAUUUAGAAGACCUUUUCUUAAACGCCAAUGAGAUCUCUUCGCUUCCGCAGCAUGUGUUUGAUUCACUUAUUAAUGUCACAGUAUUGCAUCUCGCCAAAAACAAAUUGAAUGUGUUGCCCCAAGAUGUCUUCAGCAGACUCCCCAAACUAAAAACCCUACGUUUGUAUGAGAAUGAGCUCAGUGAUCUUCCAGAAAGCUUGCUAGACAACAAUCCAAGUCUGACUGAAUUCAGCGUGGCUAACAACAAGUUAAAGUUGUGGCCCAAAAGACUUCUAGCCAAAUCACUCAACCUGGAGAAACUCUUCUUGGAAGGAAAUUUAAUUGAAGAAUUGUCUGACAGCCCAUUCUCUGGUCUAAAGAAAAUUAAGCAGCUGAAACUAUUUAAAAAUAUCCUUCACACACUUCCAGAUGAAUUGACAGACAAUAUGCCCCUUGUCACUGAACUCGAUUUGAAAGAAAAUAAAAUCACAACAAUUCCACACGGGGCGUUUAAAAACUUUAAAUCUUUAAACAAACUGAUUCUUUCAUCCAACCAAAUUGACGCUGUCAGUAAGGAUAUGUUUUCUGGGCUUCAGAAUCUAAAGGAGCUAAAUUUAGAAAAGAAUGACCUCAGGUCUGUACAAGAUGAUGCUUUCUCCUUGCUCAAAAAUAUGAAGACUCUGAGACUUGGUGGAAAUAAGUUUACAAAUUUGCCUUUGGGCUUUCUCCAGGCCCUGCCUUCACUCUCUGCUCUUUAUUUAAAAGAUAACCCAUGGGUUUGUGAUUGUCAUCUGGAGACUUUUCAUAACUGGAUACAGAAUAAUAAAGGCAAAGCUAAAGAAACAGAUAAAGUUAAAUGUGCUAGUCCAAUUCAUCUCGAUGGAACAGUGAUAACAUCCUUAACAACAGACGAAUUGAUUUGUUUGACCACCCAAAGUAUAACAGUAUUACCAUCUACUGUCCAUAUAACAAGCUCUCCCUCAGUGACAACACCCUCCCACACAACACAUUUUGAAGCCACAACUAUGCAGACAACAACUGUGUUGCCCACGACACUUCCACUUAUUACAACCAGAGAGGUCACAACUCAGAUCACAUCAACUAAGAUGGCAACAACUAUAUGGAUUACAACACCCCAAGAAACCACAAGUACUGCAACAACCUUUCAACUGACUCCCACCACGGAAGUGACAAGUCAGCUAAUGACAACUACUGUGACAACAACACAAGCAACAACUAGAUUACUUACAACCCAACCGACCAAGGAAGCCACAAGUUUUAAGGCCACAACACAAGAAAUUACAACUGUCAUACCCACUACAACAAAUACCCCAACACAACAAAUUACAACUGAUCUACCCACUACAACAAAUACCCCAACUCAACAAAUUACAACUGAUCUACCCACUACAACAAAUACCCCAACUCAACAAAUUACAACUGAUCUACCCACUACAACAAAUACCCCAACACAACAAAUUAAAACUGAUCUACCCACUACCCCAACACAACAAAUUACAACAUUUACCCCCACGAGACAAACCACAAUGCAACAAAUGACAACUUUUAUUCCUGCAACAACACAAAUGACAACAAAACAAAUGACAACUUUUAUAGCAACAAUCAUUAUCACACCACAACAAAUUACAACUCAUUUACCUACAACACAAACCACAACAUCCUUAUUUACAACUACACCUACAGAAACCUCCAUCGCCUCCAUACUAACAACUUCUUCAGAUCGAAUAACUAGUCCUACAGUCCUGAUUACUAGUCCAACUGUUCUGCUCCCUACUACAGAGUUCUUUGCUGAAAUGGAAAGCACAACUAUGGUGCCUGUAACCACAAUGAUCUCCUCAUGUCCUACUACCAUGGUAACAAGCAGGCCACUCACACCUUCAGAACUGACUUCCCCAGAGACCUCUGUACCUCAAACUACAUCUCCAUUUUCCACAGCCAUAAAUAUGGCACAAUUCUUAGUGAAUGUGUCAAGCCCCUCCACUUCCAACGUAACUUCAUACAGUGAAGAUGAAAACACCACGGGCUCACUACUGAUGCCAACACAGUCCCAGGUCAGGGGCAUCCUUCAAGGAACAAACAUCCACCCCUGCCGAGCUCUUUAUAUGUCAUAUUUAGCUCUGUUGUGUAUAGAAAUCUGCUCAACUGUCAUUUUACUGAUAUUUACAUACAAACUCCACAAAUCCUUAAAGUCUGUGAAGAUGCCAACACGUCCCGUGAGGCUGGUGUAUAUGUACAUGAAAAAAGAUAAAACCUAG